AUGCGAGCGGCGCUUCACCUUCUGGGACUGUUCUUCGGGGUCUCUGCGAGGGACUCACUCCCGCCCUACAACUGGCUGUGAGUCGAAGUCCGAUGGCCUGAUUCUUAGAACGGUUUGCAGGACCCUCGCUUUCGUCGGCCACCACAGCAGCGACUUCCGACAGCCGCACGGCGUCACUGACCGGGAGCAUUUCCGAGACAUUUGCCGUCGACUGGAUGGUCUAAACCCGGUUCAAAAGACCUUGUGCGCCGAGGUAUAGUAGGGAAAAGUCAAUUUUUGUUCCAGAGGGUAUUCAGGAGCUAAAAAAUGGGUCAGUAUUCAUGUUUUAGGCUCUGCCGUAGAUGCAGAAUUUCGGAAAAGAUCAUCGAAAUCCUCUUCUUGUUUUAUUUGUUUAUAAUUCCUAGGGAUCGAAUCGAAAAAAGCAGCAAUAAUAAAAUUAUUUCUUCUCGAAAAUAGUCCAUCGAAGUUUUUGAUCACUAAAGCCAGGUUUUACUCGAUAGUUGCAAUUUUCCAGUUGAUAAUUAAUAAAAACGACUGAGAGCCACUAAAGGGAACUCUUCUUCGGAAUAAAUUUUAAAAAAAGAAAUGCAUCUUUUGUCUAACAGUAGUUACUAUGCAUAAAAAUUGCCGGAACCCUCUUUUUCUUCAAUUCCUUCAAACUUUGAGUUCAUAGAACUACUUUAAUCUCGGUGACGGAAACCAGACGUUUCUGAGAAAUUCUAGUGAUCACUUAAGAGUUCUGUUGCUCUAAAGUGGUCAUUUCUGACGUUUCUGAGAAAUUCUAGGGAUCACUUAAGAGUUCUGUUGCUCUAAAGUGGUCAGUAGAAAGACGUUUCUGAGAAAUUCUAGGGAUCACUUAAGAGUUCUGUUUCUCUAAAGUGGUCACUAGAAAUGUUCCGACACGUCCGGUUCGCGUUACCAAGAUCCUAGUAUACUAUAGUCCGUUCAGAUUUUGAAUGUCAAGUAAAAUGACGUCAUUCGGAAACGCUCCGUGGAUGGCUCGCUCUCUGAUUGGUUUAUCGCGCCAUAAGGGGGCGGAGCUUGAGCGAGGACUUGACAUUAAAAACCUUAACAGACUAUAAAGCCAGAGGGCAAAUUUUACCGACUAAUUUGGGUGUACUGAAUUAUCUCUCAACAAAGUUUUAUUAAAUUCUCAAUUGGAAGGCUUUUGCGCUUCCUUUUUGGGUGUCUGAAAGCCCAAAAACCAGUUCUAGUCAAAUUAUUCACUAACAAAAGGCUUCUUGAAAUGAAAUUUGUCUAAUUUUUUUCGAAAAACACCUGAGACUCAUUUAUUCAUUCUGAACGAAGUAAAAUCCUAAAUUGAAGCACCCAUUCGCGAUUCCCUACGUCGCUCGAGGCGUACGCGAAGCGAUCCGAGAGUGCGAGCUGCAGUUCAAGUUCGAGCGCUGGAACUGCUCCUCCCGCGACGAGGUCACUACCACUCCACAUGGCCGCUUUCAGGACAUCCUCGGCAAGACUCUCAGAGCAAGUUCGAGCUCCGACAACUUCAGACAAAGUCAAAAAUAAUCGAUUUAGCGACAAAAGAAGCCGCGUUUCUGACGGCGAUCACAAGUGCGGCCAUAGUCCAUGCCAUUACGAAAGGCUGCAAUACUGGAAAUCUGACCGAGUGCGGAUGCGACAGCAAACCUGGAAUGCAGAGAUACGUUGACACGGUUCGUUGAAAUUGAAGAAAAUGAGAAAGCACGUCGUUUUUUUUUUUUGACGACGCCCCGCCCGUAAAGUGUAGUGUGUCGUGUGCAUGCACUGCGGCGCUCUCGCACAUGUCGUGUUUCCGCGAAUUUCAAAAUAACCUCUGAAUUUUUGAAAUUCAGUUAUAUUUUUCACUCUCUGGUGGCUAUUUUGAAUUUCGCGGAAUUACUUUCAACACGGCAUGUAUUUAAAAAAAAAACAAAAAAACAGAAAAAUCGGUUUUUUUAUAAUUGAGAAAUAGAUUCGUCUCAAGAACUUUAAUAUUUCCUGUUGUUUACGCGUGUUUCCCAUGAGGUCACAUAGUAACGGCAGGUAUAUGAUCACGUCCCCUCAUUUUUGGUUUUGCUUUUUCUUCUACUAACAAAAACGCCGUGAAAUUUGAAUUAAAGAGGUCUUUCCACUCGAAGCACAUAAAUCAGUAAAUUCCAACAGGAUUUAGGAUAUCUCUCUCUAGCUUAAUAUUCUUUAAUAUUUCUUUUCUUAAAAGGUUUUUUCCAUAGCCAUUAAAAAAGUGAACGCAAAAAAAAUUCCCCUCGAAUGCCAUUCCGCAGCAAUGUCGCUCCAUUGAUAAGUUUCGUCGUCGACAUUUUCGGAAAUUUUUCUUUUGUAACUUCGUUUUUUUCUUAUUUUUUAUGUCUUUCUGGUGUUUUUAAUAAAUUCCCAGUGAUGUAGAGAAUAUAUUUCAUCAAGAGCAAAAAGUUUGGCUGUUUAAUGUUGCGCUACUGAGGAAAUAAGAUUUUUUCGAAUAAAACUUUGAAUUAAGUUAAUUUUUGCAACUUUUUAUUAUACACGGGUAUUUUUUUCAAAGCUUCUCACUAAUUUAAUACAGUAUAUUAUAUUGUUUAAAUCAUCCUUAAACUUUAUUUCGCUAGAAUUUGAGAUUUAUAUGAGCUGAAAAAAACCGUGUUUUGUAAAGUUAUUGUUUGAUACUUUCUGAAAAAUUUGAUUAUUUGUCAUAUUUUCUCAACCUAUUUUUUCUUCUAUAUAUUUUCGAAUACUCGGAUUGUCUUUUUUCAAACUUCCAGGAGAUUUUUCGAUAAUUUGCUACAGAGGAAAUUUUCCAGGAGACAAUUAACCCGUCGCCUGUGAGCAUCGGCCGCGACCAGUUCUCCUGGGGUGGCUGCUCGGACAACGUUCCUUAUGGGAUCAAGUUCGCCAGAAAGUUCCUCGAUGACUGGCAUCAUCAGCAAUUCGAAGAAGGCGAUAAAGACGUCGCCCAUCUUAUUCGAAAACAUAAUAAUUUUGUUGGUCGGGAGGUUGGAGUAUAAUUAUUCCAAAAAAAAAAGUGGAAAAGUAAAUUUCAGGCGAUCGCCCAGAACAUCCGGAAGCAGUGCAGAUGCCACGGCGUCUCGGGCUCCUGUGAAUUCAAAACUUGCUGGCUCCAGAUGCCAAAGUUCUCAAAUGUCGCCGAAACGCUCAAAAAACGCUACGAUCACUUCUCCGUCCAGGUAAGAUAUUUUUUAGCGCCAAACUCAUCUGAAAUUAUAAUUCUCAGGUGACGAAACGCGCAAACAAGAGGCUGAGACGCAAAGAACGCAACGAGCGCAAGAUCCCGCUCAGAGGCAACGAAAUGGCCUACGUUCAGAGGUCGCCGUCCUACUGUGAAGCCAACGCGACAGCCGGUAUGGUCUUUGGGAUUUUUUUUCGGAGCAGUGGUGGAAAGUUUGCCCUACCGAACUUGUUGCACAAAAGGGGGUGCAGAGCGGCCGUGACGCGUUUUUGGCGCGAAUUUGAAUUUCUCGCAUUUUUAAAUGUCACUGACGUUUCCCGAUAGCGAAAUUAUUCAAAUAGCUUCCAAAAAAGGCGAUUCAGUAUAUACAUUGAUUAAAAGACGAUUAUUUCCGAUUCAUGGCUAGCUUGGGAUGCGAAGGGGCGUGGCUUGUCUGCCCUCUCCGCCAAACAGGCACUGUCUUCAUUUUUUAAUCGUGUCAGGACCUCUUUUUUCGAUGGCUCAAGCCAGACGAGAAUCAGUUGUACACGGUAAAUGCCACAGUCCGACGUUUGAAGUCCUAAAAAGUGCGGCGAAUUUUUUAAAACUUCGCAGCUUUUAUUUCCACGAUGCGUCGCGGUCGCGCUGCGGUUGGAUUCAGAUAAAGCCGCGAGCCAUUCCAUUUGAAGUAGGAACGACACAAAUAGGGAAGCUUUUCAAAACCUUUUUUUAAUAAAAGGAUCUUCAAAGGGUCCACAACAGACCUGUUUUUCUUCACUUUUGCUUUUCAAGAACCUUUAAUGAAAAGAUUUGGAACGGAUUCAAAAAGGGUCCUCUGUGGCUAUGAAAAAUGAGCUGCUUCCUAUCACUUUAGAAGCUUUUAGAAGAACAUUUCUAGCUCUUUCUGGAGUUCCUCAAAGGAACUUUUCUGUUCCAAUCAAUCAUCAUCAUGAAGAAACUUCCAGGAGUGCUCGGGACGACGGGCCGCGAAUGUCGCCACAACUCGCUGAACUCGGACAGCUGCGACUUGCUCUGCUGUGGCCGCGGCUACAACACUCGCCUCGUCGUCCAGCGAACUCAGUGCGACUGCAAGUUCGUCUGGUGCUGCGAGGUCAAGUGCAAGCAGUGCACCGAGGAAGUUUCCAUACACACCUGCAAAUGA